GGGAGGCGCUGGGCCGCGCGAGCCGCUCGAGGACCCCGCACGGCUCUGCAGCCGCGUUCCCUCGGCCUCCGCCGGCAGCAUGGCGGAGGAAGAAGGAUCAACUGUGGAACUGCGCCACAGAAAAAAGCCAAAGUCUUCAGGAACUAAGGAUCCUGCCAAAGAAGACAAAGUUAACGACCCUCCAAGUCCUGAGAGAGCUCCAAGAUAUGUGUUAUUUCAGCGCUUUGCAAAGAUAUUCAUUGGCUGUCUGGCAGCAAUCACUAGUGGCAUGAUGUAUGCGCUCUACUUAUCAGCAUACCAUGAAAGGAAAUUUUGGUUUUCCAACAGGCAGGAACUUGAGCGGGAAAUCACUUUUCAAGGUGACAGUGCCAUUUAUUACUCAUAUUAUAAAGAUAUGCUAAAGGCACCUUCAUUUGAAAGAGGUGUUUAUGAAUUGACACACAAUAACAAAACUGUGUCCCUGAAAACUAUAAAUGCAGUGCAACAAAUGUCUCUAUAUCCAGAACUUAUUGCCAGCGUUUUAUAUCAAGCAACUGGUAGCAAUGAGAUUAUUGAACCUGUGUAUUUUUAUAUUGGCAUUGUCUUUGGAUUGCAAGGAAUUUAUGUUACUGCUUUAUUUGUUACAAGUUGGCUUAUGAGUGGAACAUGGCUAGCAGGAAUGCUUACUGUUGCAUGGUUCAUUAUUAAUAGGGUAGAUACAACAAGAAUUGAAUACUCCAUUCCUUUAAGAGAAAACUGGGCACUACCCUAUUUUGCAUGCCAAGUCGCUGCACUUACAGGCUAUUUAAAAAGCAACUUAAAUACGUAUGCAGAGAGGUUUUGCUAUUUGUUGAUGAGUGCCUCCACUUACACAUUUAUGAUGAUGUGGGAAUACAGCCACUAUCUCCUGUUUCUUCAAGCAAUAUCUUUGUUCCUGCUUGAUGUCUUUUCACUGGAGCAAAGUGAUAAGGUUCAUGAAGUUUAUAAAAUCUAUAUAUUUUCUCUCUUUUUGGGAUAUUUACUGCAGUUUGAGAAUCCAGCUUUGUUAGUGUCUCCUCUGUUAAGUUUAGUAACGGCCUUAAUGCUUACCAAGUGCCUUCAGUUGAAUAUGAAAAAAGGAACUUUCAUAGCUAAAAUAAUGAAAGUGAUUCAUUUUUACGUGGUGUGUGUUCUGACAGUGGCAAUGAAUAUUAUAAUGAAGAUGUUUGUCCCACACAAAGAAAAUGGGCAUAUGAUGAAAUUCCUUGAAGUAAAAUUUGGACUAAAUAUGACUAAGAAUUUUACCAUGAACUGGCUGCUUUGUCAAGAAUCGCUGCAGACACCAUCUCAGGAUUUUUUUUUGCGACUGACACAGUCUUCUUUAUUACCUUUCUAUAUUUUAGUGUUAACUAUUUGUCUUCUUUCUAUGAUGCAAGUUAUUUUUAGGAGAAUUAAUGGUAAGUCUAUGAAAGAAAGUGUUUCUCUUGAAGAUGGACGAAUUGGAGAAAGGCCAGAAGUAAUGUACCACAUAAUUCACACUGUUUUAUUGGGUUCCCUUGCAAUGGUUAUAGAAGGUUUGAAGUACAUCUGGACGCCUUAUGUGUGCAUGCUAGCAGCAUUUGGUGUGUGCUCUCCUGAGCUUUGGAUGACACUUUUCAGGUGGCUACGACUAAGGACUGUACACCCAAUAUUAUUGGCUCUUAUUCUGAGCAUGGCUGUGCCCACUAUAAUAGGUCUCAGUUUAUGGAAAGAGUUUUUCCCAAGACUAAUGACAGAAUUAACAGAACUACAGGAGUUCUAUGACCCAGAUACAGUGGAACUUAUGACCUGGAUAAAAAGGCAAGCUCCACUUGCUGCUGUGUUUGCAGGGAGUCCACAGUUGAUGGGUGCAAUUAAAUUAUGCACUGGAUGGAUGGUAACAAGCCUGCCUCUUUAUAAUGACGAUGAUCUUCUCAAGAGAAAUGAAAAUAUCUAUCAAAUCUAUUCAAAGCGAUCUGCUGAGGAUAUCUAUAAAAUACUGACAUCCUACCAGGCUAAUUACCUCAUUGUAGAGGAUGCCAUCUGCAAUGAGGUGGGAACCACAAGAGGCUGUAGGGUUAAAGACUUACUGGAUGUUGCAAAUGGCCAUGUGGUUUGUGAAGAAGGUGACAAGCUAACCUAUUCGAAAUAUGGACGAUUUUGUCAUGAGGUCAAAAUUAACUAUUCUCCAUAUGUGAAUUAUUUCACUAGAGUGUACUGGAACAGAUCCUACUUUGUGUAUAAAAUCAACACUGUGAUAUCCUUCCAGUCUUGAAAAAUUACAGGGCCUUUAUUUGGAAGACUUGUGCCACGUGAAAUAAAGUGAUUUUCUUCUACCUACAUGGGGUCUGUUGCAGAUCGCAGUAUGGACAUCUGAAACACUGCUGCAUUUCUCUCCCGCCUGCUCUUAACUGGAUCCAGAGUUCUGCGGGAAACAGAGUGUUACUGUCACAUCUAGUGCUCUGCAAUUUCCAGAGAAACAUCUUUCUCACUAUUACAAGGUGUUUAAAGAUUUUAUGUAUUAUAGCAGUUUCCACAUACAUCUUCAUUUUACCAUGAUGUAGAUCUGGAUUUUGAUUUUUUUUUAAGAUCAGGGUUAUCUCCUAGGUGUAGCAUUUAAUAAAAACUUAAUUGACAUAAUUAUGCAAUAGAAGGAAAGAAUUAUUCUCACCCUCACCAAGUUUCUGAAGGUGUUUCAUGUUUUGUAACAAUUGAAAUUUCAUGACAAAAGCUAAUGUAAUAUGUGAAAAUGAGAUAAAAGAAAUGGAAAUGAUAUAAAAGAAAAUUAUAUUUAAGGCUGUAUGUAUAGACAUAUCUGGAAGCCUUUGUCGAUGCAGCCCCCAUCAUCUGCUGCGUAGCCACGCGAGCACUUUUUCAGUACUGUAUGGUGCAUGGCAUUGCGCUUUUUCUUUUAUGAUCACCUGUUAUGUGAUUACCUUGUUUUACUUAUGUCUGGUAGCAAUAUGAUCAUGAUACAAUAAUAAUUCUUGUUACCUCUCUAUAUUUUAAAACAAAAAAAAUUGUUCAGGUUUUUAAAAAUAUAUGGGUGUGGGAUAAUUUAUUCGUGUAUUUUAUACUGAAACAUUAAGUAAAAAAUUAGCAGAAUAAACAUGUACACCAAAUGAGCAACAGUUUUGGAUGCAGUAUGCAGAUUUUGGAGCAACAGUAUGCAAAUACUAUAUUAAACAUACCUCUGCAUACAGGAAUUAUAAAACACAAGUGAUAUUUGUGAAACUGUGAAGCAAUUUUCAAAGUGACAAACAAAAUGACACAAUAAAAUUUACAGCACAGUUUCACAGUCCAAAAUAUUAUGUUUCUUAUCAUUUAUUAAAGGAAACCCUAAAAUAAUUUGUUAAACUCAAGAUAGAUAUAACAAUACACAUAUAUAAUUUUAAUAACAUGAAAUGCAUGUUCGUUUCACCUGUGAGUUUUCAUCAUUUUUCUGGCUGGAGAGAGCACUGUGGCGGUCCUGCCACUGAAUUCUAAAUUCCUGUUCAGCAGAAAGGAACCUUUCUGUGGUCUUUGUUAUCUGCAUCUGUGCCUUUUGAAAGUGUGUGCAUUCUUAGACUGACUCUAGGAAGCUUGCCUUUUGGAAGCUGGAAACUGUUGGAUGUUGGGGUUAAUGUAUGUCAGCAUAAGUCUGACUGGUUCUCAUUUCACUCUAUGGCUUUUGAUACUGUACAGUAAAAUAAGUGCAGGCAGCAUGCCCCAGGCUGACCCUGUGUCUAAGUGGUGAGACCAUAAUGAUGGAAGGCCACAGGAAAGUCAGUCUUACUGUGGUACUUAAGGCUAGAGCAUGUGAGAGAAUGUGAAUUUACAAGUCAGCUCGGGUGUUUUGCCAGGGAAAUUGGACCCUUUUUUUUUUUUUUUAAUGUAGUAUGAAAUCUUGGAGUUUUUAUUGAUUUAUAUUAUGACCACAUGUGCUGUUAUUAGAUUUGGUUGUUUUAUUAGUAAGUUUCUUUUGCUUCUGUCAGCUUAUUUUGUAAAUAAAAUAGAUUUGAGAUAUUUUCUAUUGAAUUUUUCAAAUAGUGAAUUUUUCAUUCAGCAUCAGGUAGAAAAGUUAGUUUUUAAGUGUGAGUGGUAAUAUUGGAAAUGAGAGAUAAGCUUGACUGCUUCUGUUUCAUUCUCAGUUAAGACCCCAAUACUAGGAAACUUGAAGUAGGAAGGUUACGAUUGGGUUCCUUAUUUAUAGAAUAACACAUGAUUUAGAAUAAUACGAGCAAUGUGUAACUUGCAGUAGUUAAGGUUAAUGGGAAAAUCUGUGAGAGGAAUAUAUCUAGAUUUAGAGGGGAUAGAAUUUAUCAAAGAGAUGCAAAACCUACUCUACCCUUGAUAUUGAAAUAAGUGCCUUAACUUCUUUAUUUAUAAGUUUACUUUCUUGUUUUGUGGUUUUAGACAGCAAGACAUUCUGAGAUAACUUUUGCUAAUUUUUACCUCAUUAAUAAGUCUUUUACCAUCCUGUAGCCACUGUUACUGCUAACCCAGGAAUUACCAAAACUUUGUUAAGUAUAGGGAUGGGAUUUCCAGCCUAGCUUCUAAAAUACCAAAUGAUCCAACAAAUGAAACUUGUUUGAAUGAUAAGGCCUGUGGUGCUGACUCUGCAAACGUGUAACUUGGCAUCUGUAUCAUGGUGCUUUUUGUUAGACUGGAAGUGUUUGCUGCAUAAGUAGGAAUGGUUAGACAGCUAACACACACAGCAUUGGUCCAAUAUGAUCAUGUUGCUUUGUGAUGUCAUGGCUGGGUGGGUUUGUGAAGGUAGACUGUAUGGUUUUCACACACAGAGAAGUAGUCCAACAGCGCCUUUCCCAGGAUGUGUCCUCAGUGGUUCCUGUGCUUUACUGGAGCGCUUUCCUCUUCACUCCUUUCUGUGUGUGUAGACGGCCAUCUGUUUUCCAGGAUGUUAACCCACGUUACCAGUAGCAUCAGCGUUGUGGUACGUUUCCAUACUGUCCAGACUAAAAGAAAGGUAGAAAUGGAACUUGAAAUGUGCUGUACAUUGCAAUUGAAAAAUUUUUUGAAAGAAUAUUGUUUCUUGAAGGACACUGUGAGUAGCCAUCUUAACUGGGUUGUUUGUUAGAAAUGAGUUGUUUUGGAUGUUUUCUCUUUUUGUACUGUUUAAACAUUUAAUGCCUUUAUGAUAAAAGUAGUGCCUCUCUUUAUAUAGUUGGUGGGUUUUUGAAAGUUGAUUGUUUUUGGUAAAUUUGUUUUUAAUGCAUGAGUAUUCAAAAGGCAUCCAUUUUUAAUUGUAUAUUUAAGAAUGUUUUAUAAAGUAAAUAAGUACUUCCGGAUUUACAUCUCAAUAUAUUCUCUCCUCAUUUGUCCAGUGUUGAGUCUGUUGCUAGCACUAGUCGUUUUAGUUACUGAUAUGUAUUCACAGCUCUGAAAAGUUACAAGUAAAAUUCAACCAUUGUUUUGAAAUAAUAUCAAAUAAUAUGAAAUUUUUGAAUGUGUAGGCUUAAUACCUUAAAUUAGAUGUGAAAAUUACAACAAAAAAUUAGUAUAAAGGCAUUUUUAAUUCCCAUUUACAAGAAUGUGCAAAAUUUUAAUCUUCACCUAUGUAAUCCUGUGUGUGGCUGAUUAAGAGAUGCACCAAAGUAAUUUUCACUAUACAGAUGUAUUCAAAUGACAAUAGCACAAAGAAGCAUGCAUUCUAAACAGAGUCUGUAAUACAAACAAGUUUUGUGUUGUAAGUUAGUAGCUUUGUACAGCAGCUUAUCAACGAUGAAUACAGCUACCUUUAUGUUCAUUGACCUUACAGUCAAACCUGUAACUGUGUAUUUAGAUUAAAUACAUCUUUGCAGAAAAAUUAGUUAAUUCAGUAAGUAUAAAUCCUUUAAAGAGUUGGAUUUUGAACUAGCUUACCUCAGAUCUUGUAACACACUUAUCAAGAAUGAAACUAUCUCGUGCCUAUUAUCCCCCUUGUUUUGUUUCCUUAAUAAAUCUUUUCAAAAUGUG